CAGUAGGGUUUCCUACUAAAGUUUGGGGACCCAGGGAAUGGGCUGGCUCCACUGCAUGGGAGGCAGAGUUACAAUAGCCAAGCUGGAAGCUCCAAGAACCUGCUAAGAGGUGGUUCGUCCAACUUCUCUUUGGCUCUCUUCAGUGGCAGUGGGUGUUUCCUAGAAAACCAUCUACCCCACCAUGUCUGACUAUGAAAAUGAUGAGGAGUGCUGGAACAUGAUUGAGAGCUUUCGGGUGAAGCUUAUCUCCAUCAUCGACCCUUCUAGGAUCACACCCUAUCUUCGACAAUGUAAGGUCAUUAACCUAGAUGAUGAGGAGCAGGUUCUCAAUGAUCCCAAUCUGGUCAUUCGAAAAAGGAAAGUAGGUGUUCUUUUGGACAUCCUCCAAAGAACUGGUCACAAAGGGUAUGUGGCCUUCCUGGAGAGUCUAGAACUUUACUACCCGCAGCUAUAUAAGAAGGUCACUGGGAAAGAGCCCACCAGGGUCUUCUCCAUGAUAAUAGAUGCCUCUGGGGAGUCCGGCCUGACCCAGCUGCUUAUGAACGAAGUCAUGAAGCUGCAGAAGAAGGUGCAGGACCUGAACAUGAUGCUGAGCGCCAAGGAUGACUUCAUCAAAGAAGUGCGGGUGAAGGACAGCAUGCUGCGCAAGCACCAGGAGCGGGUGCAGAAAAUGAAGGAUGAGUGUGAGAGCUUCAGCCGAGAGCUCAAGAGGUGCAAAGAUGAGAACUACGACCUGGCCAUGCUCUACGCCAGACAGAGUGAGGAAAAAAACAUGGCGCUCAUGAGGAACCGGGACCUUCAGCUCGAGAUAGACCGACUAAGGCACAACCUGAUGAAGGCUGAGGACGACUGCAAGGUAGAGAGGAAACACACAAUGAAGCUCAGGCAUGCCAUGGAGCAGAGGCCAAGUCAGGAGGUCAUGUGGGAGAUCCAGCAGGAGAAAGAUCUUCUUCAAGCAAAGAUCCAAGAACUGGAGAGCUCCAUGAGGGAAGGAAGGCGGGACAAGAAUAAUGCUUAUAUCCAGAUUCUGGAGGAAGACUGGAGGCAGGCUCUGAGGGAUCACCAGGAAAAGGAAAACACCAUUUUCCACCUGCGAAAGGAGCUACGGCAAGCCGAGGCACUCCGGAACAAGAGUAUAGAAGAGAAGGAGAUGUUUGAGCUGCAGGGCAUGGCCCUGCGCAAGGAUUCCAAAAUGUACAAAGAGCGCAUCGAAGCCAUUCUGCAGCAGAUGGAGGAAGUAGCUAUAGAAAGGGACCAGGCCAUCAUGACUAGGGAGGAAUUCCACCUGCAGUAUUCAAAUAGUCUGAAGGAGAAGGAUGAGCUCCGGAAGCAGAUCCGGGAGCUGGGUGAGAAGUAUGACGAGCUGCAGUUACAGCUGUUUAAGAAAGAGGGGCAGGUGCUAUCCAUGGAGAGCAAGCUAAAGCGGUUACAGUCAGAGACACCCAUUCUGAGUUCAGACUUAGAUGACAGCUCGCCCAGGAAUUCUCAGGAGUUAACUCUUCCCAGGGACCUGGAGGAUGCAGCACAGCUUUCCGGCAAAAAUCAUCCAGCUAAGGAGAGACUCCUAGAACAGCCCUUUGCCACCGCGAAGGAGAAGCUUUUUCUGGCCCAAAAUGGAGGUGGACUGAGCAAUGGGGAUCCACAAGAGAAGGAAAGGCGCCGCAUCAAAGAAAGCUUUGAGAACUAUCGUAGGAAGUGGGCCCACAGAAAGGUUCAGCACAGCACCCGGCAGGGAGAAGUAGACUGGGAAAAUACCACAGGAAGCGACAACACAGAUACGGAGGGUUCCUAACUGUACAUGACUGCUGAACCCAACCUCUCUGAGAGUCCCUGCCGUCCCCCAAAGUCAGUCUCCCAUCCCUCAUGGACAAAAUGGAGCAGGGAUGUAACAGAUCGGAAACAUCAUCUAAGCCUCUAAACCCUCUUUGAGUGGCUUGGAUUCAGAAGGAAAGUUGUGUAUUUCAAACUGCUGAACCCAAGGCUUUCUAUUCUGAAUUUAGAUUGACUUAGGCUGGUAUUAAGAUGAUUUUGUGGCUAUAAUGAAGGACAAAUAUGAAGAAUUUUGAAAAACACAAGACUUACAUAAGCAGUGCAGGAUAAAGAUGACAAAGAACAAUUACUCUAACAAAGUGAAUGAAGACAACAUUAAACAGUUAAAAAAAAAAAUCUCAGGUCAAACCCAAUGGUACCAAGUUAUCAAAGUUGAGGAAUACAACUAUCAUUUAUGUUAACGAACAGAAAACUGCAAAAAAGUGGGAAGUGAUCUGUAUUAUCAGUAUAUUUUGAGGCCAUUUUCCUCAAUUGUCUGGGACUAAUAAACAUGUGAAUUUGUUGGUAUGUCUGCUCUGUCAAAAUAAAGAACACAUUUUUAGAAAAGUAAUGCAUAGUAAGAGAAUAUGGCCUGGCUUGGAGAGACUUACAUGAACUGAUGCUAAGUGAAAUGAGCAGAACCAGGAGAUCAUUCGACAACGAUAUUGUAUGAGGAUGUAUUCUGAUGGAAGUGGAUUUCUUCGACAAAGAGAAGAUCUAACUCAGUUUCAAUUGAUCAAUGAUGGACAGAAGCAGCUACACCCAAAGAAAGAACACUGGGAAAUGAAUGUAAACUGUUUGCAUUUUUGUUUUUCUUCCCGGGCUAUUUUUACCUUUUGAAUCCAAUUCUUCCUGUGCAGCAAGAGAACUGUUCGGUUCUGCACACAUAUAUUGUACCUAGGAUAUACUGUGACAUAUUUAACAUGUAGAGGACGCUUGCCAUCUGGGGGAGGGGGUGGAGGGAAGGAGGGGAAAAGUCGGAACAGAAUUGAAUGCAAGGGAUAAUGUUGUAAAAAAUUACCAAGGCAUGGGCUCUGUCAAUAAAAAGUUAUAAUUAUGAGGAAAAAAAAGAGAGAGAGAGAAUAUGGCCUGGGACAAUAUAAGGGGACUGCAAACAAUCUUCCACAGUGUUAUUAGUAAUUUUCUUAAUAAUCACAGAGCAGAUAAUUGAGAAUUUAUUGUAACUUUAAUGGUCUACUUGCAAUAAAGAUCUAGAUUUGCUCUA